AUUUUCCCAUGUAUUAUCCUAUUUCCAUGAGUCAUUCGAAUUCAAAAUGAAUAUAUAAAUCUGAUGACCCGGACCUCCCUUCGAGGUAAAGUGGAAUUGUAAACUUUACCGUUUUCAAUAUUUGUCCCAUCCUGAAGUAAUUGUUCCCUAUUUUGACCUUGCACUAUUUUUUCAAGACACUAGAGACUGAAUUAUUUACUUGAGAAUUGUCAAUUGCUUAAAUUUGAUAAUAAAGUUAUGUUUUAGAUAAGGAAUAAUUUGGAUAUCUAUAUACUUUCUACACCAGGAAAUUUUAAUUAAAAUUUGUCAACAUGAACAAUUUCGAUGUUUUUAAUGACCUAACUUUAUAUAUUACACCUGAAAAUUUUUAUAUUCAACCUGUUGGAUAUGAUGUAAUGGUCGUCAUUGAUAGAACUACAGAAACAAUAUCUGUUUUGAAUGUUGGUCAGAUACCAGCUGCUAACAGUAAAAAAGACUUUUGUGGUUUUUUGGGAACAAUAAACCUUCUAGCUGGUCGAUAUUUAGUAAUUGCAACACAAAGACAACUUGUAGGAUAUAUAGCUGGUCAUGCGAUAUGGAGAUUAGCUAAGGCUGAACUUAUACCUUAUUGUCGAAGUAUGUUGCAUUUGAAUCAAGAUCAAUUAGUUGAUAAUAACACACACAUUGCUAUGAUUGAUCAAGUAUUAUCAACACCAUAUGUAUACUUCAGUUAUUCUUAUGAUCUAACACAUACUCUUCAACGUCUCCACGAUAUUGGUCCGGAUUUCUGGUCUCAAUCUCUCGUGGAACGUGCUGACCAUAGAUUUGUUUGGAAUGGAAAUUUAUUAAAAGGUUUAAAGCGACCUGACUUGAAAAAUUUCUGUUUACCUCUACUUCAUGGUUUCAUCUCAAUAAAUCAGUGUAGAAUCAAUGGUUUAGAUUUUACUUGGGCACUCAUAUCCAGAAGAGGUAUUUACCGAGCAGGUACCAGGCUGUUUAGAAGAGGUGUUGAUAGAGAUGGUAAUGUGGCAAACUUUGUGGAAACUGAACAAAUUAUUGAUUUCAGAAAUGAUCGUGCAAGUUUUGUGCAGAUUCGUGGCUCAAUACCUUUAUAUUGGAAUCAGUUGCCAGACUUGAGAUACAAACCACCACCGACAAUAUUGGAUAUUGAUCCUAAUGAGCAUAGUAUGGCAUGUGCGAAACACUUAGAAACUACAAUGGCAAUAUAUGGCAAACAAAUUUUGAUUGAUUUGGUUGAUCAGCAUGGUUCUGAAGGAGUUUUGGAAAGGACGUUCAGUGAAACUGUGAAGAAUCUGAAUAUUUCUUCUGUUAAAUAUGAACCGUUUGAUUUUCACUCAGAGUGUCGAAAAAUGAGAUGGGAUAGGCUAUCAAUACUUAUGGAUCGCAUAGCUCCAGAUUUGGAAGAGAAUGGGUUCUUUUUGAUUUUGAGGGAUGGUUCUCUAUCUUCCUUGCAGGAAGGAGUCUUUAGAACUAAUUGUGUUGAUUGUCUAGAUAGAACUAAUGUAGUUCAGAGUAUGCUUGCCCACAGGAACCUUGAGAUUGUACUUAGAAAGCUGCAAAUAUUAGCUCCAGGGGCACCUUUGGAGAGUCAGAUUUCAUUUGAAGUAUUAUAUAAGAACGUUUGGGCAGAUAAUGCUGAUAUUAUUAGUACCCAAUAUUCAGGUACUGGAGCUCUGAAGACAGAUUAUACAAGAACUGGAAAACGCACAAAAAUGGGACUCAUUCAAGACGGAAUAAAUUCAAUGAUGAGAUAUUAUAAGAAUAAUUUCACUGAUGGCUUUCGUCAAGAUUCUAUCGACCUGUUCCUAGGAAACGGUGAAGUUAUGACCCCGAUGAGAGUUGAAAGAGGCUGGCGUUAUGUAACAUUCCCUUCUGUUCUACUUGUUGCCAUGGCUAUGUUUGUUGCAUCAGCUGUUUUCCCACAAAGAUAUUCAACGGAGUCUCUCAUGUACCUUCUCUUCUGGGGCUCUAUGGUGGCAGCAACAGCUACAACAAUCUUUCGUUAUGGCAAAGAAUUUAUUGAUAGACCCCGACUCACACAAAUCUAGCAUUCUAGUCAUUUUGCUACACCGUUUAAUUUUUUUAUCUUAAAUAUUUGUAUAUUUAUAAAUAAAUUUUUGCAGUAGAUAUAUAAAUAGAACCGGUUCAUCUUAUUGUAUCAUUAAAAUAAUUCUGAAUUGA